CGGAGCAUGUGAUCUGGUAAUGGGCGUCACAUGCUGGGCAGGGAGAGGGGGGGAGGAAGUGUCGGGCAGCAGUUGUGUAAUGUUAUUAUAGCGGCGGAUAUACUGAGGGACUGGCAUUAGGAUGAGGAGGGGGGCGCAGGGCAGCGGAGGACUACUCUUCUCAUCAUCCAUAUGGAUCUCAGCAGCUUCAUUCUCCAGUGUGGCACAGCUGAGGACUGUGAUGCCCAGUAGUGGUGGCUCCAGCCUGUAGUCAGUGACCAUGGUGCAGCUGUACAACUGCCACCCCUUUGGGUCCCAGAGGAUUGUCCCCACCAAGCAGGCGCCGGAGGUGUUUUGCUGUGGCCGGGACAGCGUGUUUGUGACCUGCGCUGGUGGCUGCAAAGUGGAGGUGUUCAACGUGGGGCAGGAGCUAUGCCACCCCCUCUGCAGCUUCAACACGCUGGGCAAAGUAGUGCACAUGAGCUACAGUGAUGUCGGAGACUAUUUGGUCACAAUUGAAGAGAAGAAUAACAUUUCCUCCCUGCGGGUGUACGUGAACUGGAGAUGUCAGACUGCGGGGAGCUCCCGGGUCAGCGUGCGGAUGGUUGGCCUCCAGUUGGAAUCUCUCCAAAGUGGAAUCUCAAAGGACCAGAUGGAGAUCAUAGAGAUGCCGCUCUCUGACAACCCGCUGUGUCUGUCCUGCUGUCCUGUCCGAGGAGACCUUCUGGUCGGCUGCAGAAGUACGCUUGUGAUAUUCCAUCUGAAGUACAUUGCCGUCCAUGAGACAGCAAUGCUGGACUUUGACAGAUUCUUGGUUUUACACAUCAGUGGCAUGGUGCCCAGCCAGCUGUGCUUCUGCUCCGGGCACAUAGGUGUCUUAAAUGAUCUGGAGGUUUUGGUUUUUAGACUUAGCUCAGAGCCGCCAAAAGGAACCAAGACCACAGAGGCCGAAACAUUGUCAGAAAAAGGCAGUAAGCAUGGACUUGUGGUGGCGGCGUCCCAUCCCUUAGAGUGUGACGACUUUGUCAUGUGUCAGAGGCCUGUGGAGCUUGUCGGAGAGGACUGCGAGUCUUGCAGCAUAGUAGUGACCCCAGAGUCAACAGGACUGUCCAUGGAUGCACAGAGCCACGUGAAUUAUAUGUUGUACAGGAGGUUUUCGCCAGACUUUACUGAUGGAUUCAGUGUGGAAAGCACAAGGUUACAUUCUCUGCAGCUGCUACCUAUGUAUAAGACAGGAAAUCACAUUCUCGCUACAGACGCCAAACUCACAACUUCUCAGAAGGAAGUUUCGAGCCUGUUUUGUUUCUUCUCGAUGCCGCACGCUGGCUUUUUGUACACUCUGGUCAAUGCUGUGGAGCUGAUAUCGGUCUACCAGUAUCCGGAAAGGUCACAGCAGGCAGUUCUGACUCCUCAGUUCCUCCAUGUCAUUACCAGUAACAACCUGCAGUGUUUCACUGUGAGAUGCAGUGCAGCCGCAGCUCGGGAAGAGGAUCCCUAUAUAGACACAACUAUGAAGACUUGUCCACCGGUAUCGCUUGAUGUCUGUACAUUACGCAUGCAGCUGUUUAUUGGAUUAAAAGCCAUUCAGCACUUUAAUAACUACAUAAUCAUCUUGACUAAAGCAGAUGUUGAGGACGUGGCAAAUAAGACAAGAAAUACUAAAAGCUCAGCCUCAAGAAAAGCGAGCAGUGUGAAGAACAAGCCCUCCAGUGAGUCCGAACAUGGCUGGAAUCUCUAUGUUGUCAGCACAACCGCUACUCUCCAGCUCUACAAAGAAAUGGUAGAGUACAGCAAGAGAUAUGAGACUGUGAAGACCUAUGGCAGUAUCCACCUCCUCAGUGAGGCUCACCUGUUGCUGAGAGCGGCAUUAAUUAACCCAGAGUUGGUGUCUGAAGAGAAGGAGGAACUAAUGGCGGCAUUCAGGGAGAGCUGUGCUUAUUUGGGUGACUGCUUCAGCAGGUUGGACACAAAGAAUUCCCAUCUUGCGCUCCCUUACUACAAAAUGUCCUGCUUGUCAGUGUCAGAUGUAAUAGAGCGGGUACUGUCAAAGGACUUGCAGGAUGACUACGGAAAAGGCUUUAUGUUUUACCUCAAGCAUUCACUUUAUGAAGAACUGGAUGAACAGCUUAGUGAAAUGAUGGCGCUGAAAGUUUUGCAGAUUUUUAAUGCCGUUGAACCCAGCCAGCUGCCUCAUGCUUUAUGCAGUCCUUGUAUGACUAAUGCUUGUCCCAAGAAAGCCAUGAGCUUUUUAAAAACAUUGGAAGUGUCAGGACCUUCAGCCCUUAUUUCUCUUACAAAGGCAGCCAUGGCACUGAAAAUGGAAGAUCUCCAGGCUUAUGAAGCAGAGAUGCAGCGUUAUUCAGAGAUGCAGCUGUUGUACGGAUUCCUGGAUGAACCAAGGCUUAUCUUCACUCGUAGAGACAGAGAGAUUAUACCCACGAAGAUGGCGUUUCACUUCCGGGACACACUUCCUGGACUACUUGUAGCCGUUCUGGUGACUUUUCAUGAAAACAGUAAAAUUAAUCUGAAGGAAGCGGAGUCCUUCUUUAAGGCUUUAUGUAACAAGACUGGCGAAGAUGAUAAUCCACAAAUGCUUGUAGAUUUUUGGGAAGCUCGUCUCUCCUCAUAUCCUCCAGAAUCUAUCCUACAAGACAUACUGUUCAAGCUCACGUCUCACUAUGUGUGCAGAAUAUGCAAACCACAACAUGCAUGUGUCCAAUCUCUCAAGAGCCCCGAGGAUCUGAGGAACUCCUGCAGCCACUUUGGAGUGAUCAGUCCUUGGAUAACAAAGAUGGUGUCUUCAGAGCCCGUGUCAUGUGCAGCCUGUGGAGACUUGAUGAAGUUACAGUGUCUCCUCUGUGGACCGUCACUGGAUAUCGUUUCAUUUCUUCCAUUUCUGGACUCCAUACCAGACAGUAAUAAUUCAUAUUUGAGCAUUCACAUCAUUUGUGCAACACGACUCCUGAAUUACGAGGGCUCCAUAGAGAGACUGCUAGAUCGGUGUCCCGAGGCUGUCACAUUGUAUGCAAAACAUGAAAUAACAGAUGGAAGCCAGGCCCUGUGGUGGAACAAGUUAUUACCUGAACUCUGUAAUAAGGUUCGAGGCGGUGAAAACACUGAUGAAGUAUUUAUUUCUUCUUUAAAAGACACUUUAGAUGUGAUCGCCAUGGAACUUGACCUUCAAGACUUCCUGAACCUGUUGCCUGAUGAUGGAAAUGCUGAAUUUUUCUUGCCUUACCUUGUAAUCCAAAGCAAAAGAAAACUUGUGGCUUAAGCUCCAAACUCUUUUUUUGCAUUUUGGUGGAUCAGCACACACAGCCUUCCAAAACCUGCCGUGUCCAAUAAAUGAUGCAACAACAUGAAA